AUGGCUGAAGGUACUCAGAUUCAGCACCCUGAAUUUUUCAACCCAGACUCUGGAGCUGGACCUCCUCAGUCUGUAGACCCUCGCAAUUCUCUCGAAGAUUAUAACCGUACCAUGCUGGACUACACUCAACGUCAGAUGUCUACAUUUGUCGAUCUCGACGGCAACUCCCGCAAUGGAACUAGCAGUCGCAACAGUCAAAGCUCCAGCAACUCUGGCAACAGCGGUAACAGCGCCGGUUCAUCCAACGGUGUAUUGGCCAGCCAGGCCAAUGGCCCUCCUCCAACUUCCGCUGGUUCUUCUGCCGAUUCUCGUGAUCCCAUUUACCAGGCAAGAAUGAAGGCUAUGGCGCCGAAUCAGAGUCAAGGUUAUUAA